AAAUCUCUUUCCGUGUGUGGAUGUGUGGAGGGAGCCUGGAAAUCAUCCCCUGUAGCCGUGUUGGACACGUCUUCCGGAAGAAACAUCCAUAUGUCUUUCCAGAGGGAAAUGCCAAUACUUAUAUUAAAAACACCAAGCGCACUGCAGAGGUGUGGAUGGAUGAAUUCAAGCAGUACUACUACGCAGCUCGUCCCGCAGCGCAAGGGAGGCCUUACGGAAACAUCCAGAGCAGAGUGGAGCUGCGGAAGAGGUUGAAAUGCCACAGCUUCAAGUGGUACCUGGAAAACGUUUAUCCUGAACUUCGGAUUCCCAAGGAAUCGCUCUAUCAGACUGGGAUGAUCAGGCAAAGGCAGAGCUGCCUGGAGUCGCACAAGUCUGAAGUCCAGGAGUUCCCCGUCCUGAGCUUAAAUCCUUGCAUCAGCAGCAAAGGCAUGGCAGCAACGGCACAGGAAUGGACAUACACAUACAACCACCAAGUCCGCCAGCAGCAGCUGUGCUUGUCUGUGUACACCCUCUUCCCCGGUUCCCAGGUGCUGCUGUCACCUUGCAAAGAAGGUGACAACAAGCAGCGUUGGGGUAAAGUUGGGUCGCACAUUGAACACAUAGUUUCACGCUUUUGUUUGGACACUGAGACGGUCGGGGACACGAAUGAGAGCACCAAAGAGCUUGUCAUCAACCCUUGUGAGAGCACAGCCAUGAGUCAGCGCUGGGACAUGGUGAUGUCUUGACUUGCUGGAGGACUUACACAGCGGGGAUGGGCGCUGAGACAUUGCUUCAUGCAGCCAAGAUGCACCAGAUGGAGCUCAAAUGCAAAACCAUUGGGGGUCCUUGUGUAUUAUGGGACAGGAGAAGAAUCACUCAAAUAAAAAUAAGGACGUGGCGCUCCAGGUUGAACAAUGGAUGUUGUCUGCACGGCAUGCAGCUGGUAUUGGCCUGUUGGCAGUCAUACAUUCAAAGAGAAGGGAUAGCAAAAAAACAAACUUGAAAUGUUUUAGAGGGAUACCGGGGCUCCUGUGAUGGGCCCUACAGAAGUUUGGUGUGCACAGUAUUUAUUAAUCUUUCUGGAAACAUAGGUAGAAGAGCCUUGGAGACCAAAAGGAGACUUGGACUCAGCAACACAAGCAUUUCAGUAGC